AUGCGGUUUAGUAUGUAUGAUUAUGAUGAUAUUUUAAAUAUAGCGACGACAUCAAUGUUAUGUCUUGUUUUAAUUUGUGGUAUUUGUGGCAACGCAAUUGUACUUGUGGUUGGCAUUUGUAGACGAAAGUAUCAACAUAAUGUUACUAAUUGCUAUAUUAUGAAUUUAGCAAUAACUGACCUUUUAUUUUUACUCAUUUCGGUGCCACUAACUACUUAUUUGGCUGUCAAUAGAAUUUGGAUUUUUGGACAGUUUAUAUGUAAAAUGCAUAUUUAUCUAGCACAUGUUCUUCUACAAGCUACUUGCCUGACAUUAGCGGCAAUGAGCAUAGAUCGAUAUUUAACUAUAGUUCAUGAAAUUUGUUAUCGAAAGUACCGAAAACCAAAAACGGCACUACUUAUAUGUGUACUUAUUUGGGCAGCUUCCUGUGUUUUCAUGUUUCCUUAUGAUUAUUUAUCACAUAGACAUGACGAUAAAAACAAUCAAUCAUCAGUAGUACUUGAUUGUACAGUUAAUGACAAUGAUAGCUUGUUUUCAUCAUGUCUAUUUACAUUUUUAUUUUAUUAUCUAUUACCUUUGCUAAUUAUUGGUCUGUGCUAUUCUCGUAUUCUAUUGCAUGUUCAACGUAGUGCCCAUGAAAUCGCUAAACAACUUUAUGGCCAACCGCGUCAAUCAAUAAACUUCAAAAAACGUCGAGUACAACGUACGCUGUUAGCUUUAACUCUAGCAUUUGCUCUUUGUUGGUUACCAAUUCAUGUACUUGAAUUAUUAAGUUGUUCACAAAUUUUAUCAAAUUCAUUUUCUUCGAGACAUGUUCAUAUACUAACAGCAGCUCGAGCUAUUGCCCAUGGAUUAUCGUAUUUUAAUUCAUGUUUAAAUCCUUUACUUUAUGCUAUACUAAAUAAGAGUUAUUUUUCUAGUGGUCAAUAG